AUGCCUUCUUUCUCAAUCACACCUUCUUUCUCAAUUACAUAUUCAACACAUAAUGUGAAGAUUAGCAACAUUCUGUUGGACGAGAAAUUGGAGGCCAAGUUGAUCGAUUUCAGGGAUUGCAAGAUGGGUCCUCCGAGUUUGUCAAAGGAUUUACUUUGGAUAGAGUCUGAGGAGGUGGUGGGUACUUUAGGAUACUUGGAUCCCAAUUGUCUCCUCAACAAGGUGCUGACUGAUAAAUCCGAUGUCUACUCUUUUGGUGUGGUAUUGUUGCAAGUGCUCUGUGGAAGAAAAGCAGCGGAACGUGAAUCGGAGAGGGAUCAGAUUAAUCGAGCUUUAUGGCCCCAAAUAUGCGUUCAAGAAGGGACCUUUAGUCAGAUAAUUGAUCCGUAUCUGAUGGGGAAGAUAGCCCCAGAGUGUUUCAAGAUACAUUGCCACUUCUUGUGUGCGAUUUGA